GUACUGAUGAAGUUUUCAGUAGAGACACAGCGCUUAGUUACAGAGACUUACACAUACAGAUUUUAAUCCCGUCAAGUUGUAGAUCAUUAAGCAAAGGUUAGAACAAUGUGAGAGUCAAUGUUAAGCGAUGAAUGUGGAGUCUGGAAGUAAUGUUGAAUGUUUGAGAGACAUUUGGUGGAUUGGUAAAACAGGACUAGGAAGAGCAGUCACAGCACCUCUCCCCACCUCCGCCCGCCUUAACUGGACAGAUGAACCGUUGUAAUAGUUGAAUACACGAGAGACCGCCAGCCACUGUACCACACCAACGUGAAUAAAAGAAGAGAUUAAUCGAUGUAUAGAUUAUUGAAAGAUGAGAACAAAAUAGAUUCCAUGACGAGAAGACGAGCUGGAGCUUGAUAAUAACAGAUGUACAUUAACUCAGCAUCUAUAACAAUGCCAAAGGAUGAUAACUGAGGUCUUUAGUUUAUAGCGACGUUUCUACUGUAGGGUUGAGAAGCGUAGUGUAGUGGGUGACUCAUCAUCAACGGGUGAGCGUGGAUAGGUCCCCUGGUGGUCCUUCCUUAACUAUUAAAUAGCAACCUUUACGUCGCCGUCACCAUGGCAACCACCACGUCACUAAUGCGAGAAGGUAAACAAAGAGUUGGAAAAGGUCAACGUCACUGAACUGGGGUAUCAAAGUGACGGUAUUCCUGUGACCUUUAAGGAUGAAUCUUGUGGCCGUGUUAGGUUUAAUUAAUUAACAUGGAGGAAAAUAUUAUAAAGGUCCACGGGAGAAGAGAGCAGAGGCCCUUAACGCAGACAGAUCGACGCAGAUUCCUAAUUUGGACGCAAUAACCCGGCAGGGGAGCACCGCGCUACACAUCAACACCGACCUCCACAGUUUAAUACACAUUUAAAAUAAAGUUUAAUUCAAUUGAGGAGUGAGAAUGGUCUACCUCGCGGAGAACAAGUACAGACCCAGGCAGUAUAUGAAAAGACCUUCAGCACUCAGUAUGGAGGAGUCACCACUACACAAUGCAGCUGUUUUAUACAUCGCUGAAGACUGUACUGCACACCAUCACUGCCACAAGGAGGUUUAACAUUGUCAGGCCUAAGAUGGUAACUGAGGACUCUAAGGACACUAUCACCAACGGCAUUAGUCCAGGGAGGAAAUUUAUCAGCAACGGCCUCGGCAGACACACUAAGGUCGACGUCCAGCCCAUAAACGGGUAUGAAUCAGACACAACGGAGCUCGUGAAGACAAGUGAGGACAACAAUGAUGACAAGGAAGAACAAGAGACGAAGGAGGAGGAGAAGGACAAGGAGAAGAAGCUGCCCCCAGUCCCUGUGUUCCAAAUGUUCAGGUACAGUACUGCGUCAGAGAGGUUCUUGAUGGUGAUCGGGGUGCUGGCGGCCGUGCUGGCGGGGGGUUGUAUGCCAGCCAUGUUUAUCCUCUUUGGGAGGAUCGCUAAUGCCUUCGUGUACAGAGAGAUCACCUCCAAACUCGACGCAGCAAACGUCACCGAGUUGUGGCAGACCAUCCUCAAAGAGAACCCUCAGUAUGCCAACCACAGCAUGGAGAAGGUCCUGCAGCAGAUGGAGGAGGUGUAUGGCGGGAACGGAGACUUCAUCGGGGAGGUGGUCACGUUCGGGGUGGGCACCAUCAUCGUGGGCGUGAUCCAGCUGCUGGCGGGUUACAUCCUCGUCGCCGCCAUGAACUACGCUGCGGAGGGCCAGGUGUACAGGUUGAGGGGGAGGUUCCUACACAGUAUCCUCAGGCAGGAGAUCGGAUGGUUCGAUACCCACAAGACCAACGACUUUGCGAGCCGAGUAACCGAGGACCUGAGCAAGAUGCAGGAGGGGAUGGGAGAGAAGAUCGGGUUGUACAUCUUCUUCAUGGUCAACUUCCUCUCCUCGGUGAUCAACGCCUUCGUCCACGGUUGGGAGUUGACGCUUAUUAUUCUCACCGUGUUCCCGGUCCUCGGUCUAACCACUGGUCUCAUAGCUAAGAUACAAGCUAACCUGUCGACGGUGGAGAUGGAGGAGUACGCGAGGGCUGGCAGUGUAGCGGAGGAGGUGAUCUCUGCCAUCAGGACUGUGGUGGCCUUCGGUGGCGAGCAGAAGGAGACGGAAAGGUAUGACGCUAACCUGGUACACGCCCGCAAGGCAGGUGAGAAGCGCGGGCUGGUGGGCGGCGCGGGUCUGGCUGUCAUGUGGUUCAUCAUCUAUGCCGCCUACUCCCUGGCCUUCUACUACGGCACUGGCCUCAUCCUUGAGUCGAGACCUCCUGAGGGUGACGGAUCCUUUGACCCCGGGCGACUCUUAAUUGUGUUCUUCAGCGUGUUGAUGGGAGCCAUGACAGUGGGUCAGGCGGCGCCCUAUAUGGAGGCCUUCAGUGUGGCCAGGGGAGCAGCGGCCACCAUCUUCGACAUCGUGGAGCGAGAGUCAACCAUUGACCCCAGCAGCACCCUGGGACACACGCCAGCUACCAUCAGGGGAACCAUCGUGUUCCAGGAUGUCUACUUCAACUAUCCUUCCCGGCCCGACGUGGAGGUCCUGAAGGGCGUGAGUCUGCUGGUAGAGCCGGGGCAGACGGUGGCGCUGGUGGGGUCCUCGGGCUGCGGCAAGUCCACUUGUGUCCAGCUGGUACAACGCUUCUACGACCCUCUUAGUGGAGACGUGUUGCUGGACGGGCAGCCCAUCAGAGAGCUGAACCUGGGGUGGGUGAGGGACCAGGUGGGGGUGGUGGGGCAGGAGCCGGUGCUCUUCGCCACCUCCAUCGCCGAGAACAUCCGCUACGGCAAGGAGGACGCCUCCAUGAUGCAGGUUCAGCAGGCCGCCAAGGAGGCCAACGCCCACGACUUCAUCAUGAGGCUCCCCAAGAAAUACGAGACCCAUGUGGGGGAGCGGGGCGCCCAGAUGUCAGGAGGACAGAAGCAACGCAUAGCCAUCGCCCGUGCGUUAGUGCGUCAGCCGCGGAUCUUACUGCUGGACGAAGCCACGUCUGCUCUAGACAACCAGAGCGAGGCAGUAGUACAGCAGGCCCUAGACAAGGUUCGACUCGGACGCACUACCAUCAUCGUCGCCCACCGCCUCACCACUAUCAAGACGGCUGACAAGAUCGUGGCGUUUGAUCAGGGUAAAGUAGUGGAGGUGGGGACUCACGAUGAACUGAUGGAGAAGGAAGGACUCUACUAUAACCUGGUGACGGCACAACUCGACCCAAAGGAACUGAGUAACGAGAAGGGUACCGAAGAGGAGGCGCCAACACAGCCGACGGAGACAGAGAGAGAGGAGAAGGAGGAGGAGAACAAUGUGUUGUCGAAGAUCUACCAAGAGAUUACUGAAGACCUCAUCACCAAUUCCCCUGUGCCAGUGCCUCGUAGUCCCACCGUCAGGCACUUCCUCAGUAACCACCGUCAGCUCUCCUCCAAGUCCCUAGAUAAUAAAGGUGAGGGAGAGGAGGAGUCGAUUGAUGUUCCCAUAACCAAGAUCCUUCAGAUGAACUCGUCAGAAUGGCCCUUCAUCCUGCUGGGUGUCGUGUGCUCCGCUCUUCAGGGUACCUCCAUGCCUCUCUUCGCUAUCCUCUUCGGCGACGUCCUAGGGACACUCUCAAUAGCCCGGGCAGACGAGGCGAGGAGAGAGGCCAACUUCUAUUCCCUGCUGUUCCUUCUCCUCGGUAUGGGGAUAGCCGUAGCCUCGUUCUUACAGGUAUAUAUGUUCUCACUGUCUGGGGAAAUCCUGACGGCAAGACUUCGCAAAAUGACCUUCGCCGCCAUGCUUCGUCAGGAGAUAGCCUGGUUUGACAAAGAAAGGAACUCUGUAGGUGCCUUGUGUUCACGUCUCUCAGGGGACACUUCUGCUGUACAAGGGGCUACAGGAUCCCGGGUUGGUACGAUCGUUCAGUCCGUGACCAUGCUGGGUAUCGGUGUGGGCUUGGCUCUUUACUAUGACUGGCGCCUUGGUCUGGUCACCCUCCCUUUCGUACCCUUUGUCCUCACCGCCGUCUACCUCCAAUCUAAGAUACUCACCGGCCAGAAUGUCACUGAGUCAAAGACCUUGGAUGAAGCGGGCAAGCUAGCGGUCGAAGCCAUCACCAACAUCCGGACAGUGGCGUCGCUGCAUAAGGAGGAACACUUUGCCCAGCAGUACUCCCAGGUGCUCUACAGCCCCUACAGGCAGGCGCUGAAGAAGUCACACGUCAGAGGCGUGACCUUCGGCAUAGCUCAGGCCGUCCCGUACUUCGCCUACGCCGCCACCAUGCUCUACGGAGGCUACCAGGUGGACAGGGGUCAACUGAGUUACCAGAGCGUCUUCAAAGUAGCUGAGGCGAUGAUCCUAGGCACGAGUAUGGUGGGCCAGACAGUGGCUUUCGCUCCUAACUACACCAAGGCCAAGGUAGCGGCUGGCAAGAUCUUCUCACUGCUAGAGCGGGUCCCUGCCCUCACCACCUCCCCAGACGUCGGACGCCAGCUGACUGACGGAGUGAAAGGCAUCCAGCUCUCUGACGUCCAUUUUACGUACCCGAGCCGUCCCGACGUGGCUAUCCUCAGCGGCCUGGAUGUGAGUGUGGGGAAGGGACAGACACUCGCUCUAGUAGGCAGCUCUGGGUGUGGCAAGUCGACCAUUAUCUCACUCCUAGAGAGAUUCUAUGACGCUAAGGCUGGCAAAAUGAUCAUCAACGGAGAGGACCUGAAGAGCCUAAACGUGGGGUGGGUGAGGAGUCAGCUGGGUCUAGUGUCUCAGGAGCCAGUUCUCUUCGACCGCACCAUCGCCGAGAACAUCGCUUACGGAGACAACAGUCGAUUUGUGAAUCACGAUCAAAUUGUCUCGGCUGCCCAACAAGCAAACAUCCAUUCCUUCGUUGAGUCUCUCCCGGAUGGUUACGAGACGCGUGUGGGAGCUAAAGGGACACAGCUCUCGGGCGGGCAGAAACAGAGGAUAGCCAUCGCCCGCGCCCUAGUCAGGAACCCCAGUGUGUUGCUCCUGGACGAGGCCACCUCCGCCCUCGACACUGAGAGCGAGAAGGUGGUGCAGGAGGCGUUGGAGAAGGCACAGGAGGGACGCACCAGUAUCGUGAUCGCCCACCGCCUCUCCACCGUCCAGGGAGCUGACACCAUUGCCGUGGUACAGGGAGGGAAGGUGGUAGAGUCUGGCACACACGCUACUCUACUGCAGCUUCAAGGACACUACCACUCCCUCUACCAGACCACCAACUGAAUGUUUUAUGUGUAUACUAGGUAAAUACUUAUAUAAACACACAGUCAUAUUACACACACACACACACACACACACACACACACACACACACACACACACAAUUACUGACAACCUCAAUGAAUCCUAAUAAUAGAUACUGCCCGAGUCAUAAUCACACAAUCAUCAUAAAAAGUCACAUCUCGUUUGUGGGCAGCAGCAGCGGGCGACCAAAGCGCCGCCCGAGUCACUCACUCUUGCAGCAAUGGAAGAUGUUUACGAAAUUGACCAUGUGAAACUGUCAGGUUAUCAAUAUUUUCUUCUGUGCUCUUAUUUAUUUACCAAUCUGUUAACUAUCUGAUUGAGAAUAUCUAUUUAUAAUUCCGGAUAAAUCAGAAGUACAACUUAACAAAAACCCAGACCUACAUAAGACCCCCCCCAUGCUCUCCUCUCAAUCCCAGACCUUCAUAAAAUAUCACGGUGUGAAGGUGUGGGACAACUUACCACCACCCAUUCAAGGAAAACUACACCCCCUUUUCUGAAAUCACCCCCUGAAAUGUUUGUAUCGCCCCCAUAAGAACAUAAGAAUGGAGGAAACUGCAGCGGGCCUAUUGACCCAUACUGGGCAGUCCCGUUUACACCCAACCCCUAGUGCUCAUAUAAGCAUCCAAC